AACUCCAAAAAAAAAAAACAAAUUGUCGAAUAAUAACUUUGUCUCAAGCCUUCGCUUUUACGAUGGAUAGUUGAAUACUUGAAUAAUAAUUCGCGCAUCACCAUGGAAAACAUAUAUGAUGAUUUGGAGAAUUAUGAAGAAGCCAACAUAAUUGAAGAUCUUAAAAAUGAAAAUAGUGAAUUGAAGAAGAAACUCGAACAAUAUACCAGCACUAUAAACCAACUACAAGUUAACAUUUUUCAGGAUUUUGAAAACCUUAGUUCUGAAUAUAAAAAAUUAGAACUGAAUUAUUCAUCACUGCUGAAAACUGCAAGAGCAGAAAUAGAGAGAAAAACAAAUAUGAUUACCCAGUUAAAUGUGGAGAAAGACAUGAUGGUAAUUCAAACAUUUCAAAAUAAAGGAAGACAAUGUUUUAAGAAAGUAACUUGUAAUAAAGAGACAAUCUCUAAGAAUACUGAGAUUGACAGCAGCAGGUACAAAACUGAGGACAUACAUUGUAAAAUGGUUGGAAAACGAAAAUCAGGACACAUGAUGGAUAUAAAAGAAAAUGUUUUGGAUAGUAAAGAAAGGACUUCCUCUAAAAACAUCCCAAAUUUCAGGAAAUCAGUUCCUAGCCAAUUUAGAAAUAGAUGUGACGAGGAACACUCUCACCUACCAAAGGAGCAAAGACUAAGAGACGAUGAAGCCUUAGACAAGAAAAGUAGCAAAACUAAAAACUCUAACAGUAUUGAAGGAAAACAAUUAUAUCACAAAGCGUCCGUCUCCAUGAGGAGCGACAACGAUAGAUAUAGCGAUAACCUCUAUCGACAGAGAGAGAAAACGCGAUAUAGACGGAACAGCCCUCAAAGAAUUUCGCGUCACCGAUCCAGAUCUCCACCGGCCGAUAGAUUUAGUCGACGUAAAAGUCACGACAGACGAAAACACUACAACGAUUCAGAACACUCGGCCCAUCGUGAUAUAAUUCCAGUCGAUCAAAUUGAACAACCUGUUCUCAAACACAAGCUACUGCCACAUUCUGAAGAACCGAGCCAAAAAAAAAUUCGCGUGGAUUCAUAUGGAACAUAUGCCGGUUCGGAAAGAAGCGGAGAGAGAUCUGGAGAUUCAGAACUAAUAAGCUUCGACGCAGCUUUAACGACGCCCGAAGACCCUCUCGGAUCGUGUCAAUCGCCGGAUUAUUUGCACUGUGAUAGCGAUCAUUCAUCGAUUAAAGAAAUAAUUCAUACGGCUGCAACACCACAGGCCGAUCCCAGAAUAACUAGCAAGAAAUAUAUUGUACGAGCCGAAAACGGCCAAGAUGUUUUGAAGAGCAGAUCUAGUACUGAAGUUUAUUUACAAAGAGUUAACCCGUCACUUUGGGGUAUUCCGAAAGUAAUUAUUCCAGAUGCGUUAUUGCUGAAACCUCCUUCGGUUCAAUGUCUUCAAGAUAAUCUGCAAAAGUAUUCAGAAAUCUCUUUAAAACCCACACGAGACGAUCGCAAUUCGACAAACGGCAAAGUAAAUUCUAACGGAUGUGUAACUAAAAGCAGUUCAAUAACAUCAGAAGUCCCCAAAGUGAAUAGCAAACCUCCACAAUACUCCACGAACAAGGCUGACUUUCCAAGUUUGUUGACAAAUGCGCGUAGGCCAACACACGAGUCACAAGCUGGCACUUCUAAAAGUGAAAUGUCAUUUAUUAAUGACACGGAGCCACACCCAUUUGUUAGUAUAGAAACUGUCGAAGGGGACUUGCUGUUGAGUGACGAAGGUAGCGAUAAUAACGCAGAUAGAAGUUCCGCCGACGGUCAGACCAUAGACAAAAUUAAACAAUCUAAGUCGGAUAAAAAUACAUUCACGUAUCAAAGUUCAUCUAAUUCCGGUGAAAAUAAAAUAAUAUCUCAUAUUGUAACAAAUAAAAAAGAAAUCGAUAGCAAAAUUCCAGUAGAUCAAGAAAACCAUAUUGAGAAUAUCCCAAAAACAAAGGAUAGGGAAGAGACAGAUAUACCGCCUAAAGAUUUUGUCAAAUCUCUUCAAAAUGAAAACAAUAGAAACGCAGCUAUCUCGUUGGAGGACAAUAGGGCAGAAGAAAGCCUUUCAAAUAGGGAAACAUCCAAAUUAGGGAAAAAUACAACUUGUAAUGUUGAAUUGGACCAAGUACCAGACAAAAGUAAAUCUGUUAACAAUGUUAAAAUCCAUAAGAACUCGCUCGAUUCACCGGACAAACUUAAAUGUGAGCGAGGAAGCGAAGAUAUUACUGAUACGAGCACUCAACUUGAAAAACCAAAAAAAUACCAAGAGCCUAAACGAAGACAAUGUCCAGAAAAGAGUGACAAACACAGUAAAGUUAAUAUUAGUAACAAAAAACAUAAAAAAAAGAAAUUAGAUGAAACAAAAUUCAAGGAAAUCGACAAGAGCACUCUGGCACCGGACGGUCAAAAGAAGUUUAGCGACUUAUUUGGAGAAAGCAGCAAUAGCCUGAUAAUGCCUGAGGAUUUAGGCAUUCGAAGCGUAGAAGUCGCCGAGAGCCCGAAGAUUAAAUUUGCAUCCAUUUGCAACGAUUCACAGAAUGCUGUCGAUCAUGUUGAAAACGAUCCAAACCCAGGUCCCGGUCUCAUUCUAGAAAGCAUUGCGGACACGCGUGUCGACGUCAACGUGACCGCGAGCGAACAAUUAACGAACGGUACCGUCAUUUGCAGCGAUACUCGAAUACCAGAAAAGGCCAAUUUGUUUGAGAACAUCAAACCUGCCAUAUCCACGGACAGGCCGGACGUCGUCAUCGUCUCGACGGGAGUUCAAUCUAAGCUUCUAGAGGACGAUAUCGACGGAGACAUCUCGAAAAGUGUCUCGAUCGACACCGCGCGUCCUCUCACGGCUCUGGCGACAUCGACCCCCCUCAAAGAUCAGAACUGCGUCGCUGCCGGUCGAUCCGUCAAAGAUACCGUUCUCGACGAGGCCGGAGACGUCCCCGACGUGAGGAUUUUCGUCAAACGGCGAAGGAAAAUAAAGAAACUCUAGCCGAGUCGUCGUCUCGCCCUUUCGGUCUGUCGGAUCGCUGACGUGAAAAUAUAAAACGUCGACGACGAUAUCGAUCGCGUCGCGGAGACCACUUCGACUCUGCUUUUCCUAAACGAAUCGUACGAGGACAGAACGAUCGUCGUUAUCGCCUGCUAUUUUCUUUUCUAUCAUCGUGACGGACGUCACUAAAAUCUACAUCGGCGGACAUAACGGUAUAAUGAUAAAUAUUGAGCCGUUCGCGGUUUACGCGUGCCUAUUUCUUUUUAAUGAACCGGGUCAACGGAGGCCGGGGCGAGUCUGAUUAUCGUACAAUUUUAUGUCGAUUCUGCUUUCGAAUGCCAUCGCGCACACUUUUAUUAUUAUUAUAUUGAUUAAAACUAUUUCUCUUA